UCAUCUUCUCACGCAACGAAAUUACCAGUAAACAGCGAUAGAUUUAUAGAUCCAAUACUUCUUCGAUUCUCUCAGCUUUCCCUCUUCCAAACUCUGACCUAGAUUUCCAUUUCGAAGCUCCUCAGCUCCUUCUGUACUCCAAUGGCGACCGAAGAACUACCCAUUCUUCCCGUCGAGCCCGCUCCCGAACCGUCCCCCACCGAACAGGUCGAGGAUAAACCGGCCGAAACCAACACCGGCAAGUCGAAGAAACCCAAGGAGCCCAAAGCCAGAAAGCCUGCCGCUCCGAGGAAGCCCCCCUCGCACCCUCCUUACGAAGAGAUGAUUAAGGACGCGAUUGUGUGUCUGAAGGAGAAGACAGGUUCGAGUCAGUACGCGAUCGCUAAGUUCAUCGAGGAGAAGCAGAAGCAGCUUCCACCGAACUUCAGGAAGCUCUUGCUCUUCCAUUUGAAGAAGCUUGUGGCCGGCGGGAAGCUCGUAAAGGUGAAGGGAUCGUUCAAGCUUCCUGCUCCGAAGCCGGCAGCGUCUGCAGUGGAGAAGAAGAAACCGGCAGCGAAGCCAAAGCCGAAAGCUAAGCCUUCGAAGCCGAAGACUAAGGAGGUGAAGACGACAACUAAGGCGCCGGCGAAGGGUAAAGCGCCGGUGAAGCCUAAGGCGGCUGCUAAGCCGAAGCCGAAGCCAAAGCCAAAGGCGGCUGCAAAGCCCAAGGCUGCUGCUCCAAAGCCCAAGGCAGCCCCGACAAAGGCGAAGCCUGUGGCAAAACCGAAGCCCGCUCCAGCUAAGGCAAAGCCAGCUGCGAAGCCGAAGCCGAAGGAGAAGCCGGCUAAGGCCUCGAGGACGUCGACGAGAACCUCUCCCGGUAAAAAAGCCCCACCUCCUAAGCCUGCGGCGAAAAAGGCUCCGGCGGCGAAGAAAACUCCGGUUAAGAGUGUGAAGCUGAGGAGCGUGAAGUCGCCGGCGAAGAAAGCUACAACCAGGAGGGGAAGGAAGUGAGAGAGAGAGGGGGGGAGCUUAGUUGUAGUAGGGGUAGUCUUGUAAAUUUCUUGAGCUUUGAGGGUGUAUUUAGAUCCAUAUAUGCCCAUGGAAAAGAAAUAUUUUAUUUUUAUAUUGUUAUUUGUAUUUUUCUUCUUUUUCGAGACAGUUUCAGAUGUACUAUUAUUCAGUUAAGUGGAUUCCGAGAAAUCAAUUCCGAGCUUGAUGUA